ACGGCAGGCUGGUGGACAAACACCAAUGAGAGGCACGUUUUAAAUAUUAUCACACAAAGUCGAUCACAUUCACGCUAUAUUAAACUGGCUUCGGCUCCUGCGCUGCGGGAGAGGCAACAGGCAAGAGAGGAUGGGAGUGGCCACGCACCUGUCAUACCUGUUCCCGAUACAUGACUCCAGCUGGACUGUCCUGUGCUUUUGUCCUUUGUACAACCUGUGCUUGUCAUACUGACAGAGGAUGGCGGAAACGACGAACCCGGCCGCUACCUCCUUUCCAGCGCCGACUAUUUCUCUACCGAGCGGCGUUGGUAUAUUGCGGACGUACUCGGGGGCUCUGAUUUGUUUGGAAAUUGUGUUUGGAGGGUUGGUAUGGAUCCUGAUAGCGUCGACGAAAGUGUCCGUGCCGCUGUUGCAGGGAUGGGUGAUGUUUGUGUCGGUUACCAUGUUCAUCUGUUCCACCGUAUACCUCGCCAUCUUUCUGCUGGGCCUGGCUGACAGAAUUAACACUGAUUGGAAUUUCAUGGAUAUGUUCUACCAUUUCAUCGCUUUGCUGUUUUAUUUUGGUGCCUUUUUGCUGGAGGCAACAGUUUCAUCAGCGGGUACAUAUGUAAACAACACUGCCUGUAUACGCAGACCCCGUGGCAAUAUAAUGACGUUUAUGGACUAUCGAGAAUACAAUAUUAAUGUUGCUGCUGCGAUUUUUGCAUUUAUAGUGACAGUGUGUUAUGGCUGUAGCAUGUUCAUGGGCUUCAGGAGGUGGAGGAAAUGAAACUCAAGAACUGGCGCACAUGUAACCCAUCCAUAACAUGGACAUUUUUAAACAUUAGCUGUACAGUUAUGAAGCAUACCAUCCAAAAACCUGUCUUUUUUUUCUCUCGCAAUUGAAUAUAAAACAAUAUUCUUCAGUAUAAUACUCUAUCAACACCCAGCAGGAAUAGUCUUCACAAUGCUAUAUUUAAUUUUUCUAUUUUUUUAUUUUAUUUGUUGUGUUAUGUUUCUACAGGUUUUGUCAUCAUAUAGCUCAUAAUGUAUAGAUUUAAUAAAUCAUAAUUUUGUUUUUAUAAUAGCCUGUGUGAUGGAAUUUCCAUUGCCAUUUCUGGCCCUGUUUACGCUUUGAAACUAGAGGAUUAAUAUAGGAAAUAUUGUGUAUUAACCACUAGAGGGUCUACUUUGCAUGGAUUACAAAACUAUCAGAUUCGAUUGCUACAGUACAUUGACAUUUGCAGUUGUCCUGUAAGCAAGCAACAGCAGUGAAGUUGUUGUCAGCACCCUGACUAUGCUGUGUAGGUCACUGCAAAAUGCUAAAUUACACUGCUGCCAUUAUUAAAUGUUUUAGAAUGAUGAUGAGCCAUCAAGUGUGUUGAUUAAGCUUUAUUUGCAUUAAUGUUUUCAUUACCAGUAUAUAACUAUUUAGAUCACCUGUAACAAUUUGUGCUAUUAAGUUGAAUUGUUUAACUUUUAUUAUUAAUUGCAGAUUGGUAAAACUCUUGAUUGUUUAAAGAGACCUGUAAUCUCCCACAUCAGUAAAACCUUUGACCUUGACAGUUUGCUCUAACUUUUGACACACUGACUACCUCAAACUUGUUGGCUUCCUUGAUGCAGGUUGCAUUUAAUCAUGACAGCUCUGAUAGACAUAGUGCCAUUUUAGACACCAAAGGGUCAUUUAACAUGUCAGUCUUAAUUGUGAGGAGCCAACUGACCAUACUUUGUCUAUUCUUAAAAGAACAAGAUAGGUUUUAAAAAAUUUGAAAUGGUUCAAUAUGAAGACAUUUCCAUAAAAUGGUUACCUGCAGCUGGGUCUGUUCUAAUUAAAAUAGGCUAUUAUAUGUAUCAUGCAUUUUAUUUUUAAUGCAUUACACCUUUGUUUUUGGUGGGAGUGUGCUUAGUUGUGAUGAACACAAGACUGUGCCUUAUCCUCUCACACAUCCUUUCGAUUUAAAAAGGCAUUCUUUCUUAAGCAUUUAUGUGUAAGAUACCUUAAUGUUCAUAGAAAACUUAUGACCUUGUGGAAUAUAUUAAAUUC